AUGAAUAACAAAUAUUUUAAUGAUAUUAAACUUCGGAUUAACAGUUCAUUAAAAGUGGAACACGCUAUUAACGAAGUAAUCAGUUGCAGAAACGGUUUCGAUAUACUGUACAUGGAAAAUCUAGGGCUAGAUGAUGAAUCUGAAGAUGAUAAUGCUGAAAAUGAAGAUAACAAGAAACAUAAAAACACUAAGCUUAAAAAAAAACACAAAGCUGAAUACCGGGGAAAGACCGUACGUAUGUACGAUAAGGAUUGUGGAAAACGGUAUAGUCGAUUGGAAUUCCAUGAAAGAUCAUGUUAG